AGUACACCUGCAUGAAACAAGAUCUUUUUCGAGCAAGUGUGAUGAAAAUAAUAUGAAUUCCCGUUUCCAUUGCUUUAAUGUGUAGACCUACUUUUUGACUUUGCCAGUGUCAAAAUCCGUGAAGGACUUAAAGCGUAACAUACCAUAGCUAAUUUCUUCAUACCGAUUUGUUAGUAUUAUUAAACAAAUACUGAUGUGUCUAAUUAUCAGUAUAUGUAUUAGUUAAGUAAGCCGCUUUUGUUAAGUUAUCGACCUUGUAGUCUCCAUCAGAGAUAUCGGAGCAGCCAAGGUGCCCAAAAAUAUCUGAACAUGAACGUCUUGACAAUAGCAGUGCAGAUUUCGAUUUUUCAUUAAUUCAGUAGCCUUACCACGAGCAUGACAGUAACCUGACACUGACAUAUUCGCUAGCGAGUGCGUACUGCGUAACUUAUUUUCUCGCAUGUCACUCGUAGUGGCAUAUUAGUGCGAGCGAGAUCUAUAGAAAUUAUAUAUAUGUCAGUGUCAAAGUCGUGGUAGCCGUACAGUUCCGACAAAUAUAACUUUUGCAAGUAAAAUAAAUGCUUAAUGUUAAGAUUCUUACAAAUGUACAGUUACACUUAUUAAUCCAAUUUUAAAUUUGGGUAUGAUGCGGCUCAAAGAACCAACACAUAGUCCCCACCAUAUUGAUUUAUAACGUUAAAGGAACAAAUGUUUUCGUAUAUUAUUUGCUAUUCGAUUGACGUCUAAAGAUAGUUUAUUUUUCAAGUAGGCAUAUUACAAUGCGCUUAUGAUAAACGAUUGCCAUAUCUACUACCUAAGUCCAGUGUAGAAUAUCUGGGAGAACGUAUAAAACCUAGCUUCACUUUCCAUCAGGUGUGACUAGAGCCAAUCGCCGAUCAUUUAAAAAAAAAAAGCUAGAUCGAUUUUUCGCCCCCGAAACCCCCCAAUGAGCAAUUUUCUGUUUCCGAGAUUUUCCGUAUACAAAAAGCUCGUUUAAAGGUAUAAGAUUUACCGAAGUCAGUGUUACGACAAUAAUGAUUCAAUUAAUAUACAAUACAUUUCGGGCCGGUAAUGCAGUUUGCAUCUGACAGUUAGACAGUUGUUGCACGGACAGUGUAUUAGCCCCUUUACUUUUUAAAUAAUCAGCCAUUCGAUUUUAAACUCUAUUUGCUAGUUUUACUGAAUAGUUCUUCCCUUGCGCUGUUGAUUAGGUCUUAGCAUAUUAGGUAUAAUUGCAUGAUUAAAUUGUGUUGGUUAAUGUAAUUGAGAAUGCUGGCUGUUUGAGUCUAGUCUGACCGCGACCAUGGUCCGUGUAUGUUGCAAUUGCAAUACGUUCUACGUUCGAAAAUCGGUUCAAAUCGGUAAAAGCGGUUGAAAACCGUUGAAAUUGUAUGAAUAAGGGUGUUAGGGAAACCGACUAAAUGCCCGAGAAAGGUAUCCUCAAAGUGACGAGCAUGGCCACGGUGGUCGAAGAGCCCAAGGACGCAAGAGAGAAGCCUUCAGUGAAGAAACGGCACUCGGUUAUCUCUGGGAGGAGUGAUGUUUGGUCAUCUUCAGAGGAAGACGAAGGCAUCCAACCCCAUGAAAAGGCCAUUGCAGCUGGUACACCCAACCCUAACUACUGCGUGAGAAACGUCGAACAGCAUGCAUUCGGACGGAGAGAGAUAGAGAUAGCUGAGCAGGAGAUGCCUGGUAUCAUGGCUUUAAGGGCUAGGGCUAAGGAAGACAAACCACUUAAGGAUGCUAAAAUCGUAGGCUGCACACACAUCAACGCCCAAACAGCAGUGCUCAUCGAAACGCUCGCCGCAUUAGGUGCCACUGUCCGUUGGGCGGCCUGCAACAUCUAUAGUACGCAGAAUGAAGUGGCAGCGGCCUUAGCACACGCAGGUUUCGCAGUAUUCGCCUGGCGAGGCGAGAGCGAGGAAGCCUUCUGGUGGUGCAUCGACCAAUGCUGCGCCCCCAGCGCCACCUGGCAGCCGAAUAUGAUCCUAGACGAUGGAGGAGACGCCACACAUCUCAUGCUGAAGAAACAUGCCGCUGCCUUCAAACAGAUUAAAGGCAUAGUGGAAGAGAGCGUGACAGGCGUCCAUCGACUAUACCAGCUAAGUAAAGCAGGAAAGUUGUGCGUUCCCGCCAUGAAUGUCAAUGAUUCUGUCACAAAAACGAAAUUUGAUAAUCUCUACUCUUGCCGUGAAAGCAUAAUAGACGCUCUAAAAAGGAGUACAGACCUCAUGUUCGGCGGGAAGCAGUCGGUAGUGUGCGGGUACGGGGAAGUCGGCAAGGGAUGCUGUCAAGCUCUUAAGGCACUGGGGUGUGUGGUGUACGUGACAGAAAUAGACCCGAUCUGCGCGCUACAAGCUGCCAUGGAUGGCUUCAGAGUUGUAAAAUUAAAUGAGGUGAUAAGACAAGUGGACAUUGUAAUAACAGCGACAGGCAAUAAGGGAGUCGUCACACGCGAACACAUGGAGAGGAUGAAAAACGGUUGCGUAGUGUGCAAUAUGGGGCACUCUAACACUGAAGUGGAUGUGCAUGCUCUGCGGACACCGGACCUGUUGUGGGAGCGAGUGAGGAGCCAGGUGGACCACAUAAUUUGGCCAAACGGCAAACGCAUAGUACUACUCGCCGAAGGUCGUCUCGCGAACCUGUGCUGUUCCUCUCUUCCCUCAUUUGUUGUCUCUGUCACGGCCGCUACGCAGGCUCUGGCUUUAAUAGAGCUGUAUAACGCACCACAACAUCGAUACAAGGCUGACGUAUACCUACUUCCAAAGAAAAUGGACGAAUACGUCGCCAGCCUCCACCUACCCACCUUCGACGCUCACCUCACAGAGCUGACGGACGAGCAGGCCAAGUACCUAGGUCUCAACAAGGUCGGCCCUUUUAAACCGAACUAUUAUAGGUACUAGCAUAGAGGGAAGAUUGCUCCUCCGUAAUAUGGCCACUGAACCGAUAAUAGACCUUAUUGUAUUGCAAUAGAGUAUGAAAUAAGACAUUUCCAGAAACAGUACCUAAAGUGAGGCUAAUGUAACUAGAUAUAUAAUGUAAUAGUAGUUUAUGUGACUGCUACAUAAUAAAAAAUAGGAUAACACGAGUGUUUUAAUGCCUAUUUAUGU